AUGAUGGAUGCCGCUAGCGAGAUGGAGUAUAUGAGCUACACCGAGGUACGUUUAAAGGUCCAACAUGUUGUAGGUCAUAUCAAAUCACUUACCAUGACAGAACACAAACACAACUUCCCAGCAUCGAGUGCCACGAAUGGCUUCUUCCAGGAGCCGCCGGUUCUCAGCAGUGCGUUCGAAGAAGACCAGGCAUUGAAGCGGGUAAAUCGAUUCUACCUGCCGCCCUCGAUCCAGGAACAGGUGUCCGGAGACCUCACCCGCUUCAGCACUCUAGUCACAACACCACAGAUCCGUAACUGGUGUGCCGAUGCCGAACGCAACAUCCCAUACGUCCGGCACUGGGAUUCAUGGGGACGGCGCGUCGACGAGCUGAUCACUACCGAAGGCUGGCGAAAACUCCAGGAUCUAGGGAUUAGUGAGGGCAUCGUAGCCAUCGGCCAUGAAGCCACCUACGGUCAGCAUUCCAGAGUGUAUCAAUUCUUGAAGUACUAUAUAUGGACCCCAUGGAAUGCAUUUGUGACAUGUCCCUCGGGGAUGACGGACGGUGCUGCGAAGCUGUUGGAGUCGCAGCUGGCCAAGAAGGAUCUUGGUGAAGUGGAACGGAGGGUGUUCAAGGCAGCUCAUGGACGCUUGGUGAGCCGAGAGGUUGGCAAAGCGUGGACGAGUGGCCAGUGGAUGACUGAGCGACCUGGCGGGAGUGAUGUGCAGAAUACGGAGACGCAGGCUACCCUCAGCACCGGCGCCCAGGACACUACCGUUACCCAAGUUGACGGCAAUCCGCUGGGCCCAAUCUCCAUCAACGGCUUCAAAUGGUUCUCUUCUGCGACGGAUGCCAACACCACAGUCUUGCUGGCACGAGAAAUUCCGAACGGCGGUAUCUCAGCUUUCUUUGCGCCAACAAGAGUUGUCGAUACCAGUAGCGACACCAAAGACUCCAGACUCAACGGCAUAAGCAUCCAGCGCCUCAAGUCAAAGCUCGGUACUCACGCUGUCCCAACCGCUGAGCUGGUCCUCUCGGACAUGCGAGCCUGGCGCAUUGGCAAGGCCGGCCAAGGUACAAAGGAGAUCAGCACGGUGUUGAACAUCACCCGCGUGCACAACGCAGUCACAGCCGUUGGCGUCUGGGGCCGCGGCCUGUCGAUCUCUCGCGCUUUCUCGAAAGUCCGCACAGCUCGUGGAAAGCUGUUGGUCGACACUCCUGCUCACGUCCGCACGCUUGCAGAGCAGCAUGUCGAGUAUCGUGCUAUGAUGCAUCUGACCUUCUACACUGUUGCACUUCUUGGUGCGUCUGAAAGGACUGGCCGAGGAGCUGCCGACUCUGCGCCCUACGAACCUGCUGGACUGGCUCCCAAGCACGCAGUUCCACAUCUACUUCGGUUGUUGACACCUUUGGCGAAGAUGUUGACGGCCAAAGCUUCGAUUGCAGGUCUUGCAGAGUGCAUAGAAAGUCUAGGAGGAGUCGGGUAUCUCGAGAAUGAAGACAUAUCCAUGAAUAUCGCCCGUCUGUAUCGCGAUGCGAAUGUGCUCAGCAUCUGGGAGGGGACCACGAAUAUCAUGGCAGAUGAUGUAGUGCGUAUUGUCAAGGGCUCAGCUGGUCCGGCGGUCUUGCACGCUUUGAAUGAUGUCGUCGCCUCGGCUACAGCAGCGUGGUCAAGUCAAGGCCAGACACAAUGGGCUGAGAUCGUAGUGGGACGAUGGUCGAAGCUGAAGGCCACCAUCUCAGCUGGAUCCAAGGAAAGGCUGACGUUCAAUGGUAGGGCUCUAGCAGGCGAACUUGGCUGGGUCGUAUGCGCUCUACUGCUUGGCGCGGAUGCUCUGAGCGACGGAGAUGAGAUCGCGACCAGUAUCUGCAAUCGCUGGAUCAUGCGACGCAGUGCCAGCCAGGAUUUGCGACUCUCUGGCGAGGAUGAAGUGCUGCAAGAUCGCGAGAUUGCGUUUGGCCGUGAUGUUGCUGUUGCCGACAGGGCAAGGCUAUAG